CUCUCUCUCUCUCCUCCACGUUUCCGAGACUGGUGUUCUACUCAUCGUACCGCCCAAAGUCACACGAAGAGAUCAAUCAAACCGCAGCCAAAUUCGAACCCAAUGGAUCUAGAAGAUGAAGCUGGAGCAACUGAGAAUUCUGGCGGAGUGGAAUUGGUAGAUUGCGAAGGAGAUCCUAUAGUGGAACCAUGUGAGGGUAUGGAAUUUGACUCCGAAGACGCCGCCAAGAUCUUUUACGACGAGUAUGCUCGAAGAGUGGGAUUCGUGAUGCGUGUGAUGUCUUGCCGCCGUUCUGAAAGAGAUGGCAAGAUUCUAGCUCGUCGGCUUGGAUGCAAUAAGGAGGGUUACUGUGUUAGUAUUAGAGGUAAAUUUGGACCAGUUAGGAAGCCAAGAGCGAGCACUAGGGAAGGUUGCAAGGCUAUGAUUCAUGUAAAGGUCAAUAGAUCUGGAAAAUGGGUAAUCACAAAAUUCGUAAAGGAACAUAACCAUCCGCUCGUCAUCUCCCCACGCGAAGCUCGUCAAACAAUGGACGAAAAGGACAAGAAAAUCCAGGAAUUAACGGCCGAGCUGCGAAACAAGAAAAGGUUGUGUGCAGCAUAUCAAGAGCAGCUAACUGCAUUUGUGAAAAUCGUUGAGGAGCACAACGAUCAGCUCUCGAAGAAAGUUCAGUCCGUGGUGAACAAUAUUAGAAAAUACGAACCUGUGGACCCGGGCCUUAUGAGGAGAAGUUAGCCUCGGCGUAUAGAUGAAUCCAGAAGAUGGCAGCAGGAGAGCGGCACGAGUUGUGCAUAUAUGUUGUUACAUGAGCAAUCCAAGGGCUUCGACAAGAGGGUUGAUUGUUAAUGAUUGCCAAGCAAUUAGCAAGAGAUGAUCGAUUAGCCUGGAAGUACGAGUAUAUUGAUCAUUGGAAGAUUGCGCGACCAUCGGCAGUGGUUAUACUACACGCUAUAUCUAGUGUUGGAGCAGUCAUGUUGUGCUUUUGAUCAUGGAAAUGCGGCGAUUGGAGCGGACGGGAGCCGGGUCAUUUUGACUCUUCUAGACUUGAUGACCAUGUGAUCAAUGGUCAAGGGGCAUUGUAGUUGGAUGUGUUCCGAGGGGAAAAAUAUAAUGAGUUGAAGCUGUAGUUAAAUUAUUUAAAAAAGAUCCCCUUUUUUCUAAGAUUAGUUAUUGAAUACUUCUAUAUGGAUCUAUAUUGAAAAUGUGGAUGUUAAAUUAUUGCAUAUGAUGGAAUUUAUUU